GAGGCAGGCGCGGCGGUUGUGCUGUGCCUCCGUGGAGUCCGCCUCUGCGCUUGGACCGUGCCGGCGAUGGCUUCCAUGGCGGCGGCGAUUGCAGCCUCCCGCACGGCCGUCAUGAACGGCAACCGGCCGCUGGACGAGCGGGAGCGCAAGCGCUUCACCUACUUCUCCUCGCUGAGCCCCAUGGCUCGCAAGAUCAUGGCGGAGAAGGAGCGCAUCCGCGAGCGUUACGGGCCCGAGUGGGAGCGGCUGCCGCCCCGCCAGCAAGACGAGAUCAUCGACAAGAGCCUGGUGGAGCCGCACGUCCAGGCCCGGUACGCCGCACACCGGGGAGCCGCCCGGGGCAGCCCGCCUCCGGUCUGCUACCCGAACCUGCGCCUCAACACCGGCCAGAAGGUGGUGCAUUUCGGCGACGAGGAUAUAACCUGGCAAGAUGAACACUCAGCUCCUUUCUCCUGGGAAACCAAGAGUCAGAUGGAGUUCAAUAUUGCUUCUCUAUCAAUACAAGAACCAGGUGGAAUGUCAUCACAGAAUGAACAGAAACUACCUGUCAAAGCAGUUUCAGGCCCCCCAGUCUCCAAACCUUCACAAGGUGGUAAAACACUUGUCUCAGAUGGGCUUAUACCAGCCAGGAAAGAGGAGGAGGCUUCAUUCUGGAAGAUAAAUGCCGAGCGCUCCAAGUUUGAAGGGGAACAGUCCGAGUUCUGUUCUCUGACCCCAAGCCAAAUCAAAUCCAUGGAGAAAGGAGAGAAGACACUCCAGCCUUAUUACAGGCAGGAAUCUGGUCCAAAAGAGGCAUCUAAAGCAGAGAAACCUAACAUUAUGAAGCCUGAAAAAUUGAUUGCUCCUGUUGUUGCUGCAACAUCUGUGGAAUGGGAAAAACCUCAACCAGGCCAGCUUUCAGUUAGUACCAUUCAGGUCCUUCCUGACCCUACAGAAAAACUGUCAUCUACUGGGACAAAGAGUGAUGAUGCUGAUAGCGGUUUCCUUUCAGACAUGCACACAUUUGGUCAGAACAAUGCAAGUAAUGUUAUCUUGAAGACAGGAUUUGAUUUUCUAGACAACUGGUAAAGAAGAACCAAAUAACUUCUGUUCAGUUUUGGAGAAAGAAAAGGAGCAUCUCUUUCCCUCUCCUUUUCUUUAUUUUAUUACUGUCUUUUAUGUGUCCUUUAAAAAAAUUAUAAUUUUCCAGCUCUUUUAAAUGUUGCUUUUGUAUUCAUGCUUUUUGUAAAACCACAUGGAUAUUUGUAUUUUGAAAUGGUCCAGUGUUAGUGUGGUGUUCUUCUUAAUUUUUAUGAACCUCCUGCAAAUGAUUAGCCAUGAUGGGGAUUGACAGGAGUCAUUUCCUAAUCAUUGUUUAUGUAUUAAGGACAAGGAGGGGAAUCUGGCUUGGGAGCAAUACUGAAGAGAGGUACCCAGUUUUGCUCCGAUAGUAGUGGCUGUACAUGAAUUACAAAGAAGAGAAGAAAUGCUAAGGAUAGAGAUUGAAGCACAAAACUCUAAAUACCAAACUUCAUUAUGUCUCUUUGAAAUAAAUCAUAAAGAAAAUAAGGCUGCAAAUUUUUUAAAAAAAUAUUUUUGUAUUGGUACAUUUUCAGUGGAAUUCUAAGCAGAGUUACUCCAAUCUAAACCCAUUGAUUUUAAUGGGCUUAGACUAGGGUAACUCUGCUUAGGAUUUCACUGUUAGUUUGGCUUGUUUCUAUUGCUGUUUACUUGUCCGUAGGAUCUUUGAGCAGUGGAAUAUUUUUGAAAUGAGGAGACUUUGCCAAAGGGAGAUAAUCUAAGUAGUACUGUAGCUGCACUUGAGUAAUUCUUUGAAACUAAAGUUACAGGGGUUGGGGAGUUUGUAGGAGAAAAUGAAGAAAUAUGUGAUGUAGCCAGUCAUUUAUAGGCUAAAAUCGCUUGAUCGAGACAACUGUUGUGGAGAACAGAACCUCAAGUGAUGAUUCUACCUAUCUGUAGGGUGUAGAUCACCCUCCAUUAUUAGUAUUACACAAAGUACUUUAUUUACAUUGAAGCAUUAUGAGAAUGCUACCUAAAAACUUUUAAAAAUAAAAAUGGUUUCUUUUCAGGACAGGAUUAUAUAACUUCUGGUGCUACUUCCCUUCAUGGGAAUAGAACUUCCAGGUGUCUCACAUCCUACCUGAUAUGGUAGGUUUUUCUUCAGGGGAGCUUGCUGCUUUUUAAAACAAAAUUAGAGCAUUAAAAACAGUGUUGCUGACUUGCAGUUUGAGCUGGUCCAGUUCAUCAUACCACUUUGGGAUUCAGUUUGUCUCCUCUGUAGACCAAAGCCUCAUUCUUGUCUAACAUUUAAAAUGUCUGAAUAGAAAAAAAUGUGUUCGUUGGAUUACAAAUUGCAGCAGUGCAUUGUGGUUUCUAUUCUGCCUGUGCUGUCCAUGUCAUCUUUAAGCCUUAAUGCCUGGUAUCACACGAUCAUGAUCUGUCCGAUCCAAUACCCGACUGACCUUUUUAAUCUUAAGAAGUGGAUCUCCAAAAUACUGAUCCAAUACAGACCUUGAAUCCUUAAAGCACUCCUGCAACCUCAGAUUGGGCUGUAUGCCUUUAGGACAAAAAAAGCAACAUUUAUACCUUAACUUUUCAUUUAAAUAGUUCCAUUCUGUUCUAAUACUAGCCUUCUGUAGAUCGUCCGUAACAACCAUAACUUUCCCAUUGUGUGACAGUUUAAGGCCUCUGUCAACUGUGAUCUUAAAAUCUAAAGAUUCAGGUUACUUCUGCAUAAAUAACCUUUCACUGUGCUCUUCGUUCAUCUAUUUUCUGUUUAUUCAGUCGGUUGUUGCCUUAUAUAACCUGCAGGCAAAUAAUAGUGUUGGUAAAGUUAAACAGCUCAUAUAUGAGUUUAAUUCAAAAUCUUACCCUUUGUUCUAAACAAAGGUGUAUCUGUUGUAAUAGAAAGUUAUAAGAUGUGGGGAAAGCAAUGAUCUCAUAGUAUGGCUUCUGAGAGCAGUUUUACACUUUGUGCCAUGUACAUGGGCAUCUGCUGUGGUAAACGUUUAAAGUAGGAAAUGUGUGACAAUGUAACAUUGGUGAUACAGGAUUGGAUACCUUGUCAUGUAAUGUAGCUGCAAAAACAGCUGAGUGUCCCCUAAUAGUAACUUGAAUGAUAAUGCUGGGAUAGGGUCAUUCAAAAAUAGCCGAUCCUAGGCUUCUUUAAGCCCUGGUAGGGGAAGUAGAUGGGUAACAAACAAUACUGUGCCUAUCUUUUUACUCUUGUGCGAUCUUGAAUUCUGUUCUUCUCCCUCCCCAGUCUCCUAGGGCUUAAAGCAGGCCCAGUGUGGGGAUUUCCCAUCAGAGAGAUGAUGUGCAAGAAGAGAACUUUACCAAAAACACCUUUGCAUCAUUGUAGUCCAAUCCAUAUCAAGGUUCUCCUCCAGCUGCUUUUUUGCUGCUACAUUCCAUGUCGGAAGAUCCGGUUGUACACUCCCAAUGUCAAAUGUGUUGUGUCCCUCAGAUAGGUUUGACUCCUUGCUGUGGGCCCACAGUGUGCUAUGCCUCUCCUCUUCAUAUUUUGCAAGUUUACCAUAUCAAACUCCUGUAAUCUCUUGCUGCAAUGUGCUAUGCAAAUAUGAAUUGGCUUUUGGGUACCAAGUAGCAACCAUUUCAUUUAAACACUGAUGGUAUACAGUGCAAUUCUAAGCAGAGUUGCUCCAGUCUAAGUCGAUUGAAACCAAUGGGCUUAGAUUGGUGUAACUCUGCUUAGGAUUGCACUGUUAGUAACAUUUCUGGAAUCAUUUUGAGCUAAAUUACUGACAGUUCAAAACCGAAACAAACUAAAGUAAUGUCAGCUACAAUUCAAGAAAGUGUUCAAAGAUCUGAUAACCAUUGAUAAGUGUCUUGUUGACCACCCAGUUUAGUUUUUGCUUAAUAUACAAGACAUUCAUACUUUUAAAACGAUUUGCUAUUUAAAAAGCAACAAAUCUAAGGUGUAAAAACUUGAGCACAGGUUUUACAAAUGAAAGAUAUUUCUGAUUUUCACUUUGGGGGGGCAUUGGAAAGUGAGUCUUUGCAAUCUUGUUAAAGCUGGAUUAUACAAGUGUGAAUUUUCCAGCUCAGGUUCCAGUUUUAUUAGCUGAAAAAUUAAAAACUUCAGUUUCAAUAGACAAAAGGUGUAACUUUUAAUCCUAUUUUGCUCAUGAGGACCUUUGGUAAGCACUUGCUUUUCCAAUGAGAAGGUCCCAGGUUUGGUACCUGGCAUCACUUGUAAAAGGAGCUUCGGAGCAGAUGUUGGGAAAGGCUGUUUUCUGCCUAAGAUCUUCGAGAACUGCUGCCAAGCGAAACAGACGAUACUGAGCUAGGUGAACCAGUAGGCUGACAGUAUAGGGCAAUUUGUAUGUUGUCAUAAGGGAGACUGUCCUAAGUCCAUUCUGCUCUUUACAAAUUGGAACUGGUAGGUUCUGUAUCUCUGGAUUGUCCUUUGGAGUUAUCUUUCUCACUCAGGGUACAAUCCUACUACUCACUUUUGCACAAUUCCCAUUCAUUUCAGUGAAGCUUGUUAAGGAAAACAUCUUGGUGGAUUGCACUCAGUGGAAUUAGCCAGCAGCGUAUGCUGCAGAGUCAAUAUUCAUCCCAUUCGGACUUCCUUUACUGGGCUUUGAUGGCUAAAUCUGAUGCUUCUUCUUUUUAGAUAGGUUUUUAUUGACGUUCAUACUCAAAAUUGUACUUGGUCAUAUUUUAUAUCAAAUAAUUACUACUUAAUAAAGUUAUCUGAUAUAGACCAGU